AUGCUCCGUCUCUUCCUCUUAUCUGUCUGUCUCUGGCAGGUCGCUGCUGAUGACCAUAAGGCGGUCGACGAUUCCGAUCUGCCGAUGAAGGUCCCCCAGCCUCCUGAUGAUGUCCCCGAGCAGAAGGACCCUCUACAAUUGUUCUAUCAUCUAUUCGGUCAUGGAAUGAGCGGUGACCACAACGAGAUGACAGAUUUCAUGUCGGGUGCGUUGGGUGACGUCGAUGAUAUUACUGAUAUUAUGUCGGGCGACUUCUUCCAUUCUCGCAGAACCACCAAUUUUGGAGUUGCUUCCGGUGAAUUCAAUUUGGAUGAGUAUGGCAGUGUCGCCACCGAUGUGACGGUUUACGCCAAGACGAAGGAGUACACUGUCAACCCUGAUGAUUUCCGUUACCUCACUGUCGACGUUCACGGAGGGACCUUCGGGCAUUGGUUUGGGUACAACCCGACGGUUAAGAUGUUCAAUGGUGUCGGCAAUGUCUACAUCAGCGCCUUCCACUUCCGUCCCCUCCCUGUCGAGCCUCAUAUGAUUACUGGUAAUCAUUCGGUAGACGAUGCCGUAACUCCGUCAACCAAGCCGGAGGGCGAUGAUGAUAUUCGUGAGGAAGACUACCAUCACGUCUCGUUGACGGCUAAGGCCCGGGCUAAUAUUUACCUCCCGUGGGAUCAGACAGCUGUUCCUUGCUUCGGGUCUGCUGGUGGUGAUGGCGGCUGGUAUUUGAUGCACCAAUUCAAUGACGAGAGGCUCCAUUGUGUCGUCUUCGAUGGCAAAUACAAGACGUGGUAUUCAGCUGAUCACCCUAAGAGGAGGGAUCCUGUGUGGGUAACUUCCGGUGAUGUCCUCCUCGCCAUGAGGAAGCAUUCCGGUUACAUGCGGGGAUACCGCGUGAAGGCUCUCACUCACGGCCUUCCAAUCAUCCUCCAGUGGAGGGGAGUCCAACGUGGUAUGCAGUCCACUACAGCGAAGAUUGAGAACGGCUGCGGUGGCUUUUGCGUCUUUGGUGAUUAUGGCCCGAUGUAUACCGUUGACGAGACCUAUCGAGUUGACGAUGCGACCAUCGAGCUCAACUUCGAUCACUCCGUCCUCACCGAAACAACACCAUACCCUCGUACAAGUACCGAAACGCCGGAGGUGACGGAGUCUUGGGAGCCUACAGAGGCUACUACUGCCGGAGCCCCAACAGAAGCUACUACUGCCGGAGCCCCUAUCGAGGCUACUACCACUGAGGCUCCUACCAUUGCAACACUCACUGAAGCUCCUAUUCUUACUACGACUGACACGCCACGACCUAGCAAGCCCACACGACCUGUCAAGCCCACAAGGCCUCACUGCAAGAACGGCAAAUGUGACAAUCCCGACACGAAUCAAACUACUACCAGCAGCACUUUUGCUGCGGUUACUACCAUUGAAGCUUCUAUUGCCGAGUCUACUACAACCGGAGCACCCACGGAGUAUGUUACCACUACGACUGUUACUCCGCUAUUGGUCUUCACAACGACUGAAGUCCCUGUAGCGGCUACUACUAAAGGUCCUGUAGAUGCUACUACUGAAGUCCCUGUAGAGGCUACUACUAAAGGUCCUGUAGAUGCUACUACUGAAGCCCCUGUAGAUGAUACUACUGGAACCCUCAUAGAAACAACCACUGUGGUCUCCACUGACGCUUCUACUGAAGGCCACAUUGGCGCUACUACUGAGGUCCCCAUUGAUGCUGCUACUGAGGGUUCUGUAGAGAUUACUACUGAAGCCCCUGUGGAGGCUACUACUGAAGCCCCUGUAGAGGCUACUACUGUGGUCCCCAUUGACGCUACUACUGAAGCCCCUGCAGAGGCUACUACUGAAGGUUCUGUAGCGGCUACUACUGAAUCCCCUGUAGAUGCUAUUACUGAAGCCGCUGUAGAGGCUACUACUGAAGCCCCUGUAGAGGCUACUACUGAAGCCGCUGUAGAGGUUACUACUGAAGCCUCUGUAGAGGUUACUACUGAAGCCCCUGUAGAGGCUACUACUGAAGCCCCUGUAGAGGUUACUACUGAAGCCCCUGUAGAGGUUACUACUGAAGCCCCUGUAGAGGUUACUACUGAAGCCCCUGUAGAGGCUACUACUGUGCUCCCCAUUGACGCUACUACUGAGGGUUCUGUAGAGAUUACUACUGAAGCCCUUGUAGAGGCUACUAAUGGAGCCCCUGUAGAUGUCACUACUGAGGUCCCCAUUGACGCUACUACUGAGGGUUCUGUAGAGGCUACUACUGAAGGCCCUGUAGAGGCUACUACUGAAGCCCCUGUAGAGGCUACUACUGAAGUCCCUGUAGAGGCUACUACUGAAGCCCCUGUAGAGGUUACUACUGACGCCUCUGUAGAGGCUACUACUGAAGCCCCUGUAGAUGCUACUGCUGAAGCCCCUGUAGAGGCUACUACUGAAGGCCCUGUAGAGGCUACUACUGAAGCCCCUGUAGAGGCUACUACUGAAGCCCCUGUAGAGGCUACUACUGAAGCCCCUGCAGAGGCUACUACUGAAGCCCCUGUAGAGGCUACUACUGAAGCACUACGACCUACAAGGCCCACGCAGCCUGAAUGCAAGAACGGAAAGUGUGAUGAUCCUAUUACGAAGCCUAACGAUACGAAAACAAAGUCUCCAAAAGGUAAGUCUACAACUGAAGGCCCGAUAGAGGCUACUACGGAAGCCCCGGUAGAGGCUACUACGGAAGGCUCUAUUGACGCUGCUACUGAUGCCCCCGUCCUCCUUUAG